AUUCAUAUGUAAACAAGGCGAAACUGUGAGAUUCAUUAUUUAUCCCUUAACUGAACAAUCCAUUCAAUGUCCUCCCACAUAUCAUUUUAAGACUGAUCUGUCAGCUGGAAUAAUGACCUCCCCUCCCUGAGAAAUAAGGCAGCGGCAGCAUGCAUUUGUGAAAAUAACGAGCACAGAAAUCCCAUUCGAUAUCGCACUGUGGGGCCUCUUGUUCGUCCAAGUUGUCAUAGUGACGCAGACUUCUGGGGGGCUGGUUUCAAAUGUGUAUGUGUGCUUCUUUAACCUUUUCUACCCUCAUAUUGUUGCAGUGAGAUGGCAUUAUUAACAUGUAAAGGUGAGGAACAGUAGAAAAGAGAUAGUGAGGGUUUUAAAGUGACAAUAUGUAAUUUUUACCAUUAAUCUGGAAAUAUCCAUCGAAAUGUUGUUGAAAAUGAUUGAAGAAAGGAAGAAGAAAAAAAAGAAGAAAAAAAAAGAAGAAAACACAUUUACUGAUUUGUAACAAGCAGUUAUAUAACAUUUGCCAUUCAUAAACAACGUUGUUUACCUUUUUUCCCAUUGCCAGUGACAAAGGGGGUCUGAUGUGCUCGGCAUUUUGCUGGAGGUUGAAUGAUCUGAUGAAGUACUUGUUCUAAAAUUGCGCUCCCAGGGAUUUUUGACCCUAACGACCAUUGGUAAGGUCUUACUCGAAUGCAGUGAUUUAGGUACGUGCUGCUCUCUAUUGCCAGGGAAAAUGCAUAUCGUCACUGCAGAUCCUAAUGGAUAAACAAGGUCAGAGUCAAAUGUUAAGCCUGAUUUAUACUUCUCUGUCUAUAAGGAUGGCUGAGUCUCUGAAUUAAUUGAAGUCUCCUUUAAAAACUGCGGAAACGCAUCAUACUGGUUUGUUAUUGCUAUUAAUUUCUUUUAUGUAGUCAUUUUUAACCAGUCCUGUCUUUUAUUUGUUUUAUGAUAGUUACUGUAUUUUAUUUGUCAUGUUUUUAACUGUAAAGCACUUUGGUCACUUCUGUGUGGAAAGUGCUCAACAAAUAAAGGUUGAUUGAUGGACUGAUCUGCCAACACCAUUAUGCAUUGGCACAAAGGCUCUCUGACGGGCUCACAGAGGGUGAUGGAGACAUGCCCAUACUUUUAAACAUUGCAAAACUGCAAGCUUGGGAUUGGUCAGGGUGCCUCUUUCCUGUAAAUUUGUCACCAGCACCAUCGUUUUAAAAAGUAAAAAGAUAUUUAGCGGCAGACCGAGAAUAGAUUGAAAGAAUGCAUCGCAAAAAGUCUGAAAAUAUGAAUGUUUAUUCACCCGUGUCAGAAGGAGUACAAAAUACGGAGCAAAUGUAGACCGAAUUGCAGGAACAAAUAAAUACCCUAUCAUGGACCAGUUAUGUGUUAUGGUGGCAGGAUAUCACAGAAAAGUGCUAUGCCCUCUGUUGUCCAGGCAGGGAACUAUUUUUCAACACUGCUGCUUGUGCAGAGGUUCGCAUUUGAAAGCCUUUCCGACACCCAGUGUGCGUCUUUUCUUUACGAAGCUCACAGAGAAUUAUAAAUCAGACAUUAGACUGAAGGUUGCUGAUCAAUUUCCAGGUUUAGUAUGCAAACAAGGAUUAAUGUUUAAACAAAAGAGACUUUAUCAGUCAGGAAUCACGUUUACUUCAAAGUGAAAAUAAGACAAACACAGAAAACCAUGUCCUUGUUUUUAAUUUUGAUUAACUGGGUGCACAAUGACCUUCUGAGAGCAAGAGAAGGGGAAAUAAGGGGAAAUCAACAUAUAAUCACCUGCAGCUCUUAGGAGAUACUAGUAACAUUUCAGCACUAAAUUUAUGCUGAAAGACUAUUUAGCUAAAGCAGUCAUUUUCAUGGGCUAUUUUUUCUGUAAAUAUGGCAAAUUACCUGCAUUUGUUCACAUGUGGGAAGACUCUACUGGUGCAGUUUGGCUGUAAGAGAGUAAAGGAAGAUGAAGUUCAAUCGCUCUAGUUACAAACAUCUCAACCUAAUAAACCUUCCUUCAACAUCUCUGAAUAAAAUUCUCUUUAAACAUGCAAAUAAUAAAAGAUAUUUUGAAAGCAAAUAGUGAUCAAGCCUUUGGCGUUCGAGUAAGCCAUUGGCAAAAGCUUUAGGUCAUUGGGUUGGACCAUGUUGGAGCUUGACUAGCAUUCCCCAUUUAAAGCCACAUUUGAGUGUCAGCUUCUUCAAGCACAUCCCUAAGUGCAGCCUGCCAUCUGGAUGAUGAAAUAAUUUAACAGAUGAAGUUAAUAAUCCAUGGGCGCCUUUUUGUAGCCAUUUAAAAUGGCAUUACUCAUGUUGAGGCCAAAGAAUCAAAGCUGCUGCUUUACUUGAUCAAAUAUAGGUGUUCACUUUGAGUAAAAGGUUUACUGGAACUCCAAAAUGUCCAUUCAGACUGCUGGUUGGAAUCCGUAACUUGAUGGUUAUUUUUAAACAUAGCUGUUUUAUUUGCCGUUGAAGAUAAAUGCCUGCCUGUGUAACAUAUCAUUCUGUCUGGCAUUUCUCUCCCUCUGAUUUUAUGUCUACACACUGAAAAUCUUUCAUUCAGUUUACAGGCAAUGCAUAUAAAUUAUGUGAUUUCAGCUUCAGCUGUUCUGUCUGAAAAUAAUAAAAAGAAGGGGAGAAAAAUCCCCUCACAUUUCCACUUGCAAUUUUACCUUUUUUGUCAUCAUAUUUCUAGGCAAGGCGUAUUGCUUUAGCUAGUUCAUAAAAAAAAAACAUCAGCUUAUUGGCUCUGGGAUCUAUUUCAUUUUCAUAAAUCUGCCAUUUCCAGAGCAUGCUCUUCUUGGUUUCAUGUACUAAAGUCUAAGAAGAAUUAUAGUGAUGCAGAGGUCCUCGACCCCAAUUUAGGGCUUUUUAAAUGACUGUCUGAAUCGAUUUCUGCCAGAUGGGUUUCUGAGGGCAGAUCUCAUCACAGUCAGAUAGUUGGAAAUCUCAAAAGUUCUCUCAAAUAAUGUCAGUCUGCUCUGUCUGCCACACAUGUAUGACUUACUUAUCUGUGAUAUGCUUUACUAUAGAAUGUAAAAGUUUGCAAUUCACAACACAAAAUAAGAUGUACAGUAGAAGCUGUUAUAGCUAAUUUAGCACUUCCCUUCAUCCAAUUUGGUGUGAUUAAGUAAAAAUAAAAGGUCCAUCUUUAACUAUGUUAAAUAGGGAUGUCCCGUUCUGAUAUCGAUAUUGGAAGUAAUUCGAUAUCAGCCCAAAAAUCAGAUUAUAUCGAACAACAUAAAAAAUCUCCGAUAUAAGUAGUCCGUUAAGGUCCACAUUUUUGCAACCAAUGGUAAAGAAAAAUAAUGUCUUUUUUUCAUACUUACUGUUAUUGGCUCUUCUUCUCCAAUUGAGUAAUAUCACUUGAUCAAGCCUUUCAUACAUUCCACACUAUGAAAUAUGUUAAAGUAUGUAAUAGGGCUGUCGCGGUAACCGCAAAAAUGAAAUAUCGCAAUAUGAAGAAGCCCACCGCGCUGCAUCAUGGGCCACCGCGAUUACUGAACUUGGUUCAACUCAAUGAUGCAUGUUGAGAAGGAUGGCUGCACUGGUAUCAAAACGAAACGUUACUUCGCUCCUUUGGGAGCACUUUGGUUUUCAGUACGUCAGCUGCUGCGCAGCCAGAGUCCUUGGCCGAGACAGAGCUGCCACCAGCGGCAAAAAAAUAAUAAUAAACGCUCGAAGACCUGCUGAAGUCCCGGACAAGCACUGCUUCUGCAGCCGUCCGAAGAGAGUUUGAGCCGAGCUGGAGCUCACUCGCUACCUGCAGGAGGAAUGCAUCCACCCUAAAGAAACCCCCCUGACAUGGUGGAGCAACAACCGGGAGAGAUUCCCUUUGCUCGGCAGAGUCGCACGCAAGUACGUGUGCGUUAGUGCAACGAGCGCACCAUCCGAGAGGGUUUUCAGUGUUGCUGGAAAUGUUGCCACCCCUCUCAGAUCCUCUCUCAAACCGUAUAUAGUUAUCAUGCUGGUUUUGCUUGUGGGUAACAAGGACGUGACCGAGCUAUAAAUCACCGUCAUUCGUGUGUGUGAAAGUGAAAUGAUAGUGCGCCCGCCUGGUACAUGUAAUUUUUUAUGCUUGAUUUUAAACAACUAAACAAAAUGGGGACUUGUUUCUUAUUUGUUAGAUGCUGCAGCCAAAUUUGCAUUUAAAAGUUUAACCUCCUGAAUUUUGUUGUUUUUAAGUUCAGUCGGACUCCGACUGUCGGAGAAACAAACGUUACUGCGAUCUGUGUUGUUACUGCCCUUUGAUCUGCAUUCAGUAAAGUGUUAUAAAAGAAGGCAUGGCAAUUUUUAACCUUUUUUAAAUGUGUAAACAUUAUGUUUAGAUAGUACUGCAAUAAAAAAAGGGCUGCAAUAAUAUCGCACACCGCAAUAUUAAGCCACCCUGAAUCACCGCAGGGGGAAUUCCUCAACCGCGACAGCCCUAGUAUGUAAGAUGUUUGCUGAUAUCGUAUCAGAUUGAUAUUGGUAUCGGUCAGUACUGAAGGCUGCAAUAUCGGUAUCGUAUCAGAAGGGAAGAAGUUGUAUCGGGACAUCUCUGUUAUUGUGCAGCAUUUCAUUAAAAAUUAAAACAUAUACUCUGUUAGUAGAGCUGUAGCGAAGCGUCGAUGGCGUCGACGGCUCGGUUCUAACAAUUUGUCUACGUCAGAUCCAGUAGUCGACGCACCACGCCUACUUGUUGCAUCCCCAGGAGUUUAUAAAUAGAGGUGGAAUCUGUUUUUCCUCUAGUUUGCCCUCUUCUCCGCCUUCACUAACAUCUCCGCCAAAUACCGAAGAACCAGAACAAUGUCCGUCCGCUACUAGAUUCCUUUCUUGUUUUGCCCGCCUUCGUCUCCCGGCAACGGACAACAACUUCUGGGGUCAAAUGCGCUGCUUCGGCCCUUAACGCAGAUGUAGAAAAUCAUCGGGAGAGUUUCUCCCUUCAUAAAGGAGCUUCAUUAAUUGUGCAAUAAAAAAUUAUUGCUAGAUUAAUCAUCUAAAUAGUCAUUAGAAUAGUCGACUAUUCGAUAAAAUAAUUGUCAGAAUAAUCGUUUUAAAAAUAAUUGUUUACCCCCAGUCCUAUCGGUUAGUUCCAUCUUUGUUCAUGUGAAAGUGACCACAACUCAGUGAAGAUGCAGUCCUUCUGUUAAAGCUGCUAAAUUCUGUCAUUUCCACCGGACGACCACACUGUCUCUGCACGAAUAUCAAACUGUCUCUCUGACAUUUCAAAAUGGAUGAAAUCCCAUCAUCUCCAACUCAACCUCUCUAAAACUGAACUACUUGUCAUCCCAGCAACACCAUCCAUACAGCACAACAUCUCAAUCCAAAAUGGCUUCCUAUCUCUGGUUCCUUCAAAGACAGUUCGAAAUCUGGAUGUUGUGAUUGAUGAACACCUGACCUUCAGAGAUCAUGUUGCCUCUGUUGCUCGUUCAUGCCGCUUUGCGCUGUAUAGCAUACGAAAGAUCAGACCACACCUAACACAACAUGCCACCCAGCUCCUGGUGCAAUCUACUGUCAUCUCCCGCCUCGAUUACUGCAAUGCCCUUCUAACUGGUCUUCCUGGCUGUACUGUGAGACCUCUUCAAAUAUUCUAGAACGCAGCGGCGCAUCUGGUCUUCAAUCAGCCAAAAAGAGCACACGUCACCCCUCUGUUCAUUGAGCUCCACUGGCUACCGCUAGCUGCAUGCAUCAAAUUCAAAUUGCUAACACUAGCAUACAAACUCCGAGAUGGUACGGCUCCCAUCUACCUGAAUCCUCUUGCAAAGACUUAGGUCUCGGCCCGGCCGCUCCGGUCAUCACAGGAUCGUCGGCUAGCCGUGCCUACACCACGCUCAGGACAAUCCAGACUCUUCUCAUGCAUCGUUCCACAAAUGUGGAAUGAGCUACCAAGCACUACCAGAACAGGGGCUUCCUUUUCAAUUUUCAAGAAACUCCUGAAGACCCUGCUCUUCAGAGAGCAUCUUCUUAACUAGCGCCCUCCCUGCACCCGUCCCCCCUCUCUACUGUCCACUCCUUGUUCCCUCCUCUCAAUAAUUGAUGUCAAGUUGUUGUUAUUGUUGUUGUUAGCCUCAAGGGCAACAUGCUGAUUAUCACUUGUAAGUCGCCUUGGACAAAAGCGUCUGCUGUCUCUGCAUUCCAGCGAGCUCUGGAGCAACCAGUCCUCAACCGUUUACCCAAUCGGUGAGCGACAGUCUCUGACAUUGCAUUUUCGGAAUGAUGCAGUAUGCUUGGAACCACAACAAAGUAGAGGCAUUCAAGGGAAGAAAUGUGGGACCAUCAUUGUGAAAGCCGAGGAGCUGAACAACUGCAGGGAAUCUGUGAUGAUGCAAUUCUGCGGAAACAAGCUGGACAAAAAGGAUUUCUUUGGCAAGUCUGAUCCCUUCCUGGUCUUCUACAGGAGCAACGAGGAUGGCACGUUUACCAUCUGCCACAAAACAGAGGUGGUGAAGAACACGCUGAACCCUGUGUGGCAAGCCUUUAAAAUCCCAGUGCGAGCUCUGUGCAAUGGUGAUUAUGACAGAACAAUUAAGAUUGAGGUUUAUGACUGGGACAGAGAUGGCAGUCAUGACUUCAUCGGAGAGUUCAGCACCAGCUACAGAGAGUUAUCCAGAGGACAGAGCCAGUUCAACAUCUAUGAGGUGGUAAAUCCAAAGAAAAAAGGAAAGAAGAAAAAAUACCUAAACUCUGGAACGGUGACGUUGCUGUCGUUUCUUGUGGACAUCGAAGUCACUUUCCUGGACUACAUCAAAGGGGGGACCCAGAUCAACUUCACAGUGGCCAUUGAUUUCACAGCGUCCAACGGAAACCCAGCCCAGCCCACCUCGCUCCACUACAUGAGCCCCUACCAGCUAAACGCCUACGCCAUGGCGCUGAAGGCAGUAGGAGAAAUCAUUCAGGACUACGACAGUGACAAGAUGUUCCCAGCACUGGGUUUUGGAGCCAAACUCCCACCUGAUGGACGGGUGUCUCAUGAGUUUGCCCUGAACGGAAACCCUCAAAACCCGUACUGUACAGGUAUCGACGGAGUAAUGGAAGCCUACUACCAGAGUCUGAAGUCUGUUCAACUCUACGGACCUACCAACUUCUCCCCUGUCAUCAACCAUGUGGCCAGGUAUGCAGCUUCAGUGAAGGACGGCUCUCAGUACUUUGUGCUCCUCAUCAUCACAGACGGCGUUAUCUCAGACAUGGCUCAGACCAAGGAGUCGAUUGUUAAUGCUGCCAGCCUACCAAUGUCCAUCAUUAUUGUUGGGGUCGGGCCUGCAGAGUUUGAUGCCAUGGUGGAGUUGGAUGGUGAUGAAGUCAGAAUCUCGUCCAGAGGAAGAUUUGCUGAGAGAGACAUUGUUCAGUUUGUUCCAUUCAGAGACUACAUCGACCGAACCGGGAACCACAUCCUGAGCAUGGCCCGGCUCGCCAAAGAUGUCUUAGCCGAGAUCCCAGACCAGUUCCUCUCCUACAUGCGGACCCGUGGGAUAAAGCCAUCGCCGGCGCCACCACCCUACUCGCCUCCAUCGCAGCCCAUUCAAACCCAGAUUUAAAUUUUAACAGCAAGGCAGAAAAAGUCUUGCAGUCAGGUGUUCGCAGAACUUUACACGCGAAAUACUUCCAUUUCCUCAAAGCCGCUCUCCAUGCCUCGUUGCCGUGGAAACCAGCGGUCUUUCUCGUGUUCAGGAAGCUGCAUGUCAGGCCAGGACAGAGGCACUCUGGAGGGAUAGUCCAGCAAGAGCCUGUUUACUUCCACUGUUAAGCAUUCCUGUAAUUUGGACUUUCACCGUUUUUUUUUUUGUUUGUUUUUAUUUUAUUUCCUGAGAAAACCUGGAAAGGCUUUAGAGAGAGCUACUAGUUCCGUGUUUUGAUGAGAAAAAUUAAGGAAAGAAAUGACGAAGAAGCUUUUCUUUGGAAAGAUUGUAAAGAGAAUGUUUCCAGAAAACAAAUGAGUCACUUGAACCUAACUUCUGUAGAAAAAGAAAAACUGUAUCUCUCUUUCUGUAUCUUUCUCUUGUUCUCUUUCCAACUCACUGUUUACAGUUGAAGCUAUGAACAAUUUCUACUGAUACUUUUAUAUGCAUAGAGCUCCAACAUGAAGGUUGUAAAACUCUUACUUCUUUCUUCUUCUCCUGGCAAUGUUGCCAGGUAGCAGCAGUGCAGGUUCUGGUAGCCCUUCUGUGCCGUACCGUAAUCUGGUGUCUGUAUUAACCUUUUUGCAUGAGUGUAGCCUUGAGUCAAGUGCAUGCAAAUAGUGGCCCUGCACUACCUCUUCCACCCACACGUCUGUCUGUGGGAAAACAGUGUGCUCAUUCAUCUGUCUCUCACUCCCUCAGUAGCUGUGUUUCCAUCCAACUUUUUUCUGCGGGUUAUAGUUUAGGUUUUGUAACAAGAUGAAGUAUUCUUUGAAGGAGUUUUAGAUUUUUAGCCUUGUUGGCUAGGAAUGCUAAUCUGGUGCUGUAUUGCUGAGUAACAUGUUUUUGAGGGUUUAAACCGGUCAUCUGUGUAUUGUUGGUUGAUUUGUGAGAUAGUUUGAAUUAAUGAAGCGCUCUGUUUAACAGCUUGUUACUCUCCUUUAUUGUUUUUUCAUUUUACCUGAGAAAGCUCCUUUUGUAAACUUACCAGGAUUACCGUUCCGUCAACAACCAAACCGUCACCAGCUUACUUUGUAAACAUUUGUGACAUCAAAUUCGUGAAUACCAAUAACAUAAACAAAAUAGCAAGAAACUGUAUUUUCCCCAUUCUUUGAUAAAUGAUUGAUGAAUGACCUGUGCUUGUAUAGUGCCUUUCAUAGUUAGAGGACAUUAAAGCUCUUUACAGCGUAUCAUUCAUCCAUUCACACGCUGGUGGUGAUGAGCUACAGUGUAGCCACAGCUGCCCUGGGGCACACUGACAGAGGUGGGGCUGGCAGUUAAUCAUUACCAAACACAAAACUGGUUAGAACUCAUGUUGGGAUAGGAUGUGGUGUUGAAUUAACCGAGCAUCAUCCCUGACACGUACUGAAAUGCAGCUGUUUAAGAUAUUGAGAUGUAACUUACUACUAAAGUUUGUCCUGUGUGUCUAUUAGUGUCACAUUAUCCAUAUUGGACAUACACUUACAACCAUAGACAUGAUGCGUCAUGCAUAGACCCACCACUGGGCGCUGGGGAGCAUCACUGCCAUAUUGGAUGAGUUCCAUACUCACUCAAUCCAUUGAGUCAACACACAAUGAGCAGCUAUGCCCUUUUUUUGUGCAGCCCACGACCACGAUUGCAACAAUCAGCGCACUGUUGAAAACCAAUCAUGUGGGAUUACUAUUGACCUUUCUAGCCUACUUGUUGGGAUUUUAUAUUUUUAUUUAUUUGAAAUGUUAUUUAAUUAUAUUUAUAUUUUUAUUAUCAUACCAUAUGUCCGAUUUUGAGAAAAAGCUUAAUAAAAUGUGUUUUUUUAUUCUGCUAAACACUUUUCUCAGUAGAAAUAAAUGCACUGGGGGCAAAUGGAGACUCAUCCAUAAUGGCGGGCCACUGCUACACCAGCUCCAAUAGGCAUCCCCAGUCCACAUCACGUCUAUGGAUAUGUCUGUGUCUUCAACCCAAUUCAAGAUGGCUGCUAGAGCCAACUGAAAUAUGAAGUUUACCAGAUACUCAGGUGUGGUACUUGUCUGUGAGCGCUGCAGAUAUUGCUAAAUGAUGUGGGUUGUGCAAAAUGGCUCCAAUUCUAUCAAUUUUCAGUUUAAAAGUUUUAAGUUUCACCCUCAACCUUUCAUGCCCAAAUUUUAUUAGUUUAAAAUUUGGGCAUGAAAGGUUGAGGGUGAAACUUUUAAAAUACAUUCAGUUUGUGGUCCCACCCUCAUUUAAUAUUUGUUUUAAAAAUCUCUGUUUAUUAGUUUAAAUUAAGGCUGCAUGGUGGCACAGUUGUUAGCACUGUUGCCUCAUAGCAAGAAGGUUGCAGGUUCUAAACUCUGCUACGUGGCGUUGCAUGUUCUUCCCUUGCAUGCGUGGGUUUCCUCCGGGUACUCCAGUUCCCCCACAGAUCACAACGUGCCCUAUAAUUUCAAAAUUCGAUGUCAUUUUGAAUAAAAGCAUCUGCCUAAUUAGUAAAUAAACAAAACAGAAGUUUUGGAGUGAUUCUCAGUCUAAUGUAGCAUUCGCCGACUGUUGAAUGGAAACAUAUCUACCAUUUUCCUCUUUGUCUCUCUAUGUUUCUCCUUACCGCCCACGUGGGCGGGAAUUUUCAUUCCAUCGUGUCGUCACACUGCCCAUGUUUCAUCAGCUGCUCUCAGACAAAAUGUUUGAGCAAAAAGAGCCCAGUGGUCAAAAAUGCGUAGAAUAACACACUUUCCCUUUCUUUUAUUUUGGGUUUGUGAAUCUGUGUGUGUGAACAUUUUCUAAUUAUUUUUUUUUAAUUGCAUUUAUAGCUUUGAUGUGUGUAUUUUAUGACGUGUGCCAGUCAAAAAGGAUGAUGUGUGUGAGCUGUUUUACAUCCGACAAGUUUCCAACGAAUGCUGAUGUCUUUUACUGUUAAUGUGGAGUGGAUGUGGUCUGAUUGUCACAAUCUGAGUGAAAUGACCGAAACAAAAAACUCACUAACACUAGAAAUAUGAUUUAAACACAGUGUUAAAACCUGCUGCAGAAUUUAAGAAAAAUUAUUUACUGUGACCAAGUUUGAUCUGAAAAAUCUUUGGGUGUAUUUCAGAUGUGUGUCCAUUCCAAGCCAAAGUUAUUUCAUGCUAUUAAUUUUACAAGCAUUUCUUUGCCAGUCACAGCUCAGUGAGGUACUGGCUAUAAAUGGCCGAUCAACUCAAAAACAGAUCUCCCUGAAGUCUCAUGACCCUCAGAAAAUAACACAGGACAAAACAGCUUUUACGUCAUCACAUUUCAAGACAAAGCUUGUUACAUAAAUUAAAACAUAGUAUGGAUACAGGAAUGAUCACAAUGAUGCAAAUAAAAUAAUGGUGACUUUUACUAAAUUGCAUAAAAGUCUGGUCACGGGGAAGCAUCUCAAGUAAGGCAUCCCAGACAGCCCUCUCCCGGGCCAUUUGUGAGAAUAAAGUCAAAAUGUUGGGAAAAAUUAUUUAUGGUAAAUGGCCUGUAUUUGAUAUAGCGCCUUCUAGAGUCCUGGAACCCCUCAAGGCGCUUUACAACACGAUAUAUAUAUAUAUAGAUAUAUAUAUAU